AUGGGUGAGUACGAAGCUUGUAUUCUUGGCAUCAAAAUGGAUCUUGACAUGAAUGUUCAAGAAUUACUGAUAAUAGGUACAUGGAGAUCUAACCAAAGUACCUCUCCACGAGAUCAAUGCGAUGAUUUCUCCUUGCCAUUUGCAUCCUGGGGCAUGAACAUUAUUGGACCAAUUGAGCCUGCUGCCUCCAAUGGUCAUAGGUUCAUUUUGGUCGCCAUUGACUACUUUAGAAAUUGGGUAGAAGUUGCAUUCUAUAAAGCUCUAACAAAGAAACUUGUAGCCAAUUUUGUUCGCAACAAUUUGAUAUGUCAUUUUGGAGUUCCUAAGUCUAUCAUCACAGACAAUGUUGUAAAUCUGAACAGUCACUUGAUGAAAGAGAUAUGUGAACAAUUCAAAAUUACGCAUUGUAAUUCAACUGCGUAUCAUCCCCAGAUGAAUGGAUUUGUGGAAGAUGGUAAUAAGAACAUCAAGAGGAUAUUGAGAAAGAUGAUUGAAAACUACAAAUGUUGGCAUGAAUAUUUUCCUUAUGAUUUACUAGGUUAUCGCACCACAACUCAAACCUCAACUGGAGCAACUCCGUAUCUAUUAGUAUACGAAACAGAAGCAGUGAUACCAGUUGAAGUUCAGAUACCAUCUUUGAGGAUUAUUCAGGAAGCUGGACUGAGCGAUGCAGAAUGGGUUGGUAAUCGAUAUGAGCAGUUAACAUUAAUUGAUGAGAAAAUAAUGAUUUGUCAUGGCCAAUUGUACCAACAGAGAAUGACUCGUGCUUUCAUAAAGAAAGUAAGAGUUCGAAUAUUUGAGGUAGGCCAAUUGGUGUUAAAGUGCAUUUUCCCUCAUCAAGAGGAAUAUAAAGGAAAAUUUGCACCUAACUGGCAAGGACUGUAUGUUGUCCACAAAGUAUUGUCAAGAGGAGCUUUGGUCCUAGCAAAGAUGGAUGGUCGGCCAAUCCUCAAGAGGAAAACUACGUUUGACUUGAUUCCGUCCUCAACGGGAUACGUAGACGCCACAACAGUUCGGUCCUAUUUCCAAUAA